GAGGAGAGCACACACGCCCCGGGAUGGACGCGCUCAAAUCCGCCGGAAGAGCCAUCAUCAAGAGCCCUGGAGUUCCACGCCACACAUGGGGAACUUCCAAACACGAAAAGCUGCCGGAGAACUGGACUGACACUAAAGAGACUCUCCUGGAGGGCAUGGUGUUCAAUGUGAAGUACCUGGGCAUGACUCUUGUGGGACAGCCCAAAGGAGAGGACAUGGCCUCUGCAGCCAUACACAGGAUCGUGGCCACAGCCCGAGCCAGCGCCAAGAAGUUCAGAAAAGUGACUCUGACAGUUUCACCCAAAGGCAUCAUCAUCACAGACACAGAGACCGCUGACCUCAUAGAAAACGUCUCGAUUUACAGAAUCUCCUACUGCACAGCCGAUAAAACUCAGGACAAAGUGUUUGCUUAUGUGUCCCAGAGUCAAUUCAAUGAAACCCUGGAGUGCCACGCCUUCCUCUGCCAAAAGAGAAAGAUUGCCCAAGCAGUGACAUUAACAGUGGCCCAGGCUUUCAAAGUAGCCCUUGAUCUCUGGGAAAUCGCUCAGGAAGACAAAAACAAGAAGUCGGGGUCAUGCCCAUGUUCAUGUUCAGGCAGUAACAGUCAGACUGAGACGAGUGCUGCAGAAGAGGUACAACAUAAGCCAGUGCAGACAGAAGAGAAGGUGCGGAGACCCUUCCUAGCUGCUUUACUCCACUCUCCUUUACCCCGCAGUAACCCCACACGCAGAAGACCCAUCAAACAUGACUCAUGGGAUGUGGACGAUGGUCUGGAGGAUGCAUUCUCAAGCAACAUGGAGGUGGAGGACAUGGAUACUGACUGCCCGAGUCCAAACCCCACCCUGACGAUGCAGCUUUGA